GAUAGCUUGAUAGUGCUGAGCCUUAACCCCUGCACCACCAGAGAGGCCCCAUCUCAGAUCUUGUGUCUUCUCCCCCCCACCAUCUUAUCACGCAGGCCCCAAAGGACUGGAGAUAAUAGCACAAGGGGUUGGAGACACUGAGGACCUUGGAUGCCUCCUUGCCCAGGGUGGUGGACAGGGAAGGAGCCAGGCCUGGGAGCCAUUUGUAGAUUUUUCAUCAUCAAAGAGAGCUUUCUUCUUUACUACUCUGAGAGUGAAAAAAAGAGCUUUGAAAGCAAUAAAUACUUCAAUAUACAUCCUAAGGGCGUCAUCCCUCUGGGAGGCUGCCUGGUAGAGGCCCGGGAAGAGCCCAGCAUGCCCUACGCCAUGAAAAUCUCCCAUCAGGACUUCCACGGGAACAUCCUGCUGGCAGCCGAGUCUGAGUUUGAGCAGACCCAGUGGCUGGAGAUGCUGCAGGAGUCGGGAAAGGUGACUUGGAAGAACGCCCAGCUGGGAGAAGCCAUGAUCAAAAGCCUGGAGGCUCAGGGGCUGCAGUUAGCCAAGGAGAAGCAGGAGUAUUUAGACAAACUGAUGGAAGAGACCGAAGAACUCUGCCUGCAGAGGGAGCAGAGAGAGGAGCUUGAGCGCCUUAACCAGGUGCUGGAGGCCGAGAAGCAGCAGUUUGAGGAGGUGGUGCAGGAGCUGAGGACGGAACAGGAGCAGAUCAAGAGGGAGCUAGAACUCACCGCAAGAUGCCUCAAGGGUGUGGAGCAGGAGAAAAAGGAGCUAAGGCACCUCACCCAGUCCUUGCAGCAGACGCUGGAGGAACUCUCCAUAGAGAAGAAGAAAACCCUGGAAAUGCUGGAGGAGAAUGAGAACCAGCUGCAGACACUGGCCAAUCAGAGUGAGCAGCCCCCUCCCAGCGGAGGUCUCCAUAGCAACCUCAGGCAAAUUGAAGAGAAGAUGCAACAACUCUUGGAGGAGAAGCUGGUGGCAGAGAAGCGGAUGAAGGAGAAUGAGGAGCGCUCUCGGGCUCUGGAGGAGGAGCGGGAGUUCUACUCAACGCAGUCCCAGGCGCUGCAGAACUCGCUGCAGGAACUGACAGCAGAGAAGCAGCAGGCGGAGCAGGAGCUCAAGGCUGAGGUGAAGGUCCGCAUGGAUUUGGAGAAGCGCCUCCGGGAGGCGGAGGGGGCCUUGCGGAGCCUGGAGCAAGGGCUCAACUCCAAGGUGCGGAACAAGGAGAAGGAGGACAGGAUGCGUGCUGACGUGAGCCACCUGAAAAGGUUCUUUGAGGAGUGCAUCCGGAACGCGGAGCUGGAGGCCAAGAUGCCGGUCAUCAUGAAGAACUCCGUGUACAUCCACAAGGCGGCCACUCGCCGCAUCAAGAGCUGCCGCUUCCACCGGCGCCGCUCCAGCACGUCCUGGAAUGACAUGAAGCCUACUGUCUCCCCAGUGAAGCCGUCCCAGUCCUUCAUGUCCUCCCAGCUGGAAGCCAACAACAUGGAGGAGCUGAAAGAAGUGGCCAAGCGGCUCAGCCGAGACCAGCGCUUCCGGGAAUCCAUCUACCACAUCAUGGCGACGCAGCCCGGGGCUGCCUCCGCACUUCCCCGGGGCGGAAAGUGAUGGGUGCUCUCCCCUGCGCCCCCAGUCUUUCCUGCAGCCCUCUCCCCACGGGGCAGAAGGGGGGGACCUGACUGUACCUGGCUCUUCUCUGCUCUCCUCUGGAUCAGAGUUCCCCCUGGAGGCCAGCCUCACCCUCCAAGGACAGGGACCCCACUGCUCUCGCCCACCCAGGCCCUUACUUAGGGUCUGCUCCAGGCCCAUAGAAGCUGGGUGCUGCCUGGUCGUCACUGGGUGAGGUGGGGAAGGGGCCUGGUUGUAUGUGGAGACAUUUAGGCUGGGGAGUUAGGUGGGCAGGGCCUGAGCCUCUCUCAUGCCCAUGAUACCUCUCUGUGACUGCCACACGCCCCCUGUGCACAAAGGCCUCCCCAUCUUCACACUUGCUUCCCCAGAACGAACCCUCUCAGUGCUUCUGAGUCAUCGACACCCCUCAGCGAAGUCGCUCCUGCCACACUGCUGGGUAGGGAAGAGCAGACCCUGGCCUACACCCCUGUCUGCAUGGCACACCACACUCCACACUCACUGUGCCAGCACCUGUCCUGGGGCGGGACUGGUUCCUGGCUGUGGGAGUGCCUGCCCACUGCUCACUCCCCUCCUCGGGUGACCCAACACCUGAGCCUCAGCAUCCUCCCAGGCUUAUGGGACCGUCUCACUUCCACCCUGUCCCUCCUCUUCACGUGCUCAGGGCCAGCAGUGAGAAUUCUACACAUAGCAAGUGCAGGGGUGGAAGAAGGCGGCCUUGGCUCCUGCCCUGUCUGCUCCUGCUUGGACAGGGAGGCAGCUGCCUCUGGCUCCAACAGCCUCGCUGGUGCAUGGGAUCCCAGAGGUCUCCUGCCCAGCUGCUCCUACUUCAGUCGCCUUGCUGCCUCCUCUCCUGCAAGAGGCUUUACCCAGUGAUGCAAUGUGACCACAAGCCCCGGGAGAUGGGGGACCCAGGCCAGUAGCCUUCUGUGAUAAGGCCAUUAGCCUUUGCUACCCCCUUGUCACUGGGUAAAGUUGAAAGGCCUCUGCCCAACUUUUGUGGAACUCUUCCACCCUCCAGAGGGUUGUGGGGUGUUCCCCUCAACCUGUCCCCUCCCCUGGACAGAUGCUCUUCUCCCUCUACCCUCCAAAGCUGCCUAGGUCUGUUGGCCUCUCCAGAAAAAGGAUCAAGGUGCUCGGGGACACUGGUGGUUUUAAAGGUGCUGAUUCUCUGCUGCCUGGAAAACUGAAUAGGGAGCCCAUCAGAGUCAUGGACGCUAGCUCAGGGUGCGUCCAAGUAGGGGCAUGUGGCCCUAGGCACCAGCAGUCACUUCUGUGGGAGGAGUUUCGCUAACAAGAAAAGCUUGCGUGUCUACUGCUAGGUUCGUCAAGGCCGGCCAGCUGCCUUGCCCAGGUCAGGGCUGCCCUGUGAGACUGUCUCAGCAGUCCCUUCCAGCGGUGGGUGGGCUGUGGUGAUUUGGGUCAGUCUCUGCAUCGUCUAGGUGGGGACAGGGACAGAGGCUUCAGUCAAUGCCUCUAAAAGGACUGAGUCUAAGUGUAAAGACUUUAAACAUGUAGAAGCCUGCAUAACUGGGACUCGAUUCUCGAAUGCGUAAGUAGGACGGAUCUUUGACAUGAGGAGGAAGAUUUAUAAAACCAAUAUAGGUUUCUGUGUUUUGCUGUUGUUGUUACUGGUUUAAAGACUUAAUCGUGGUUUGAUCUAGGAGAAAGGCCCUUGGAAAUAUUCAAAUGAAUUCCCCCUUCUGCCUUCCCCAAGCUGUUAACCGGAAAGAAGAGUGCUUUUCCAUGCACAUUAAUUCCUGGUUCCUUUCCUCCCAUUUCAUCCCGUGUUCUCCUUACCUCAGGUCAGCCUGGGUUAUCAUCAGCCAACUGAUCAAUUCAUAAGUAUUUGUUAAAACCUCAACAAUGUACCUAUCCCUGUAAGUAGGAAAAGAGCAAUGUCUCUACGUGAGACUAUUAGGGGUGGAAAUUACUUACUGGAAAUAUAUCGAUCUGCUUUAAAAAAAAAAAAUCAAAAUCAAACCUCAUUUCUUGGCCAAUUAAAUGUAUUUCCUGCACCAC